ACUAAAAUGUGAUGAUGAAGUUCAAUCCUUGCAUGAAGCAUAUUGCGAAUUAAUUAAACAGGCUGAACACUCGAAGGAUAUUAAGAUUUUAUCCAAAGACCUUAACAGAGCUCGGAAAAUGAUGCAAAAGUACACUGAUCAGCGAUUAAAAACAAAUUUGGAAAACGCUGAAAAAGAGGUGCAACAAUCGAAUAUUGCAAAACAAGUGACCGAAGAUCUAAUGAAUUUAAUCCGCGACCAAGAUGAUAAAAUGAUCAAUCAAAGACUAUUAGAACAAUCAUAUUACGAGAAGCAAAUGGUAAAAACCCUUGCCGAUGUAAAAAUGCAAAAAGAUAUGAUCAUUAAUAAUAAAAGAAUAGUUACUGAGCUCCUUCAAGAUAAACGUGAUAAACAUUUCAUAGACAACUUAAUGAUGAUUAGUAAAAACAAGGAUGAGAAGAAACUCGAGUAUUAUAUAGAAAAAGAACGCCUCGUAAAUCUGCACCGGAGAAUUUACGCAGAAAGACAACGACUGAAAGCCGAGAGAACUUUCAACAUGUGUUUGGAUGCUGUGAGUGACAUGGCAGAAAUAGCUAUGGAUUGGGCAGAUUAUAAACAGAAAUAUGAAAAAGAACCUACAAGGAGAACUGUGGAUAGCUGGAAGGGUUUAUUUGUAAAAGGUGGCUUAAAUUUCGGUGAAACUGAUGUGGAGCUACAAAAAAAGAUCAUAAGAAGGUGUGGUGAGGACGAGGAUGAAGAGGAAUAUGAGCUGAUUAUUGGUGAAUUGGAGAAGCAAGACCUAAUGGAUGAUCGAGAUUUCGAAAACUAUAUGGAAUUUAUUUAUCCAUUUGAUGUUGAUCAUGCGUAUUCCGGAAAUGAAGAAACGAUGUAUCACUUAGAAUGUGGCGAAAAUGUGUUGGGCUAUAUAAUUUACAGACUUUUAACUGCGAAAUAUCCAAAACCGACUUUCCGGAAGGCUAAUUUGUCAAAGUGUAAAGUUGCAGCGUGUAUUAAUGGACUUCCAGAUAAUACCACAUUGCCAAUAUUGCAAAAGCUAUUAUCACUAAGGAAAAUACUUGUGGUAGAAAUGAAAGAUGUGGUCAAUUUUUGUCUCGAAGCAUACAAGAAAGAAACAACUGAAGAUUAUCCUGAUAAAGUUCUAAUAGAAGAAACCAAUAAAACAAUGGAUAAAAAGAAAGGUAAGAAGGAUAAGGGGAAGAAAAAAGGAGAAAAAAAACCAAAUAAAAAGGAUAAAAAAAAAGAUAAGUCAUCAUCAGGAAGCGAAAUAGAUUUGCCAAGAUUUCAAGAAAAACUUGUUCAAACACCAAUAAUCUACCCAGGGGAAGAAAUUAAAUUAAGUAUGCAGGCAGACUUAGGAAAAAUUGCUCACGAACAAAUGAGCUUGGGAAAUCACUUGCCAGACUUUUGUCUGGUAGAAAUGUUGAUGGUUUAUUUGGAAUUGCAAAAAGACUUCGAAGGAUUCGCUCUAAUAAAUUAUCCAGUAACAUAUCAACAAGCUGCAUUGUUGGAAGAAAGUUUGUCUGGAGUUCCCGUUCCACCCUUGGAAAUUGAUGAGGAAAAAAUGUUAGAAGAAGAUAAUUUUUAUAAUUUAGGUGACUUCGAGAAACGAAUUCCAAAUAUCAAGAAAGAUCCUUUUGAGGAUAUACGUACCAGUAAAUUACUAAAAAAUCCUUUGAAACCAGUAAUUGACCCUUUAUAUGACACCUUUUUUACCGCUUACAUUAGAAUUAAUUAUAUACAACCAAACGAUGACGGUGAACUAGAAAUUCCUCCAAUAUUUGAUAUUUUGGAGGACAAUCCUGAUCCAUUAGAGAAAUUCUACGCUGACUUAGGUUGCAAUUAUCAAAUGUACUAUAGAAACUUUGAUUUGAAUACUAUUAAGUAUUUGGGUAAAUUGAUCAUUGGGGAGUACACAAUACCUCCUAAAAAAUCAAUUGAAUUAUUUGGAGAUACAGUAACUUAUAUAGAAGCAGAAUAUGCAUCUGGGAAGGGGGCAAAGGGGUCAAUAAAAGGCAAGAAAAAAGAUAAACCAAAAGAUAAAAAGAAAAAAGGCGAUUCUAAAUCUGAUAAAAAGAGCAAAGACAAAUCUAGCAAAAGCUCAAGUAAAGAUAAAAAAGAGAAAAAAGAGAAGAAAGAAAAAAAGGGCAAAAAAGGUAAAAAGGGAGAAGAAGACAAAGUUGUAAUAGUUCACGAAGACAAAGUAACCCAAGCUCCUGAAGAAAGCGAAGAAGAACCUUCAGAAGAGCCUAAACCGGAACCAAGACCUGGAGAAACAGACUGGGAAUAUGUCGAUUUGGGAUUACCCACAGAACUGGCUGUUUGUUUGGCAACACUUUGGGAAACCGCAGAGAAAAUUUACGUGGUGGAUUUCAAACAGUUGUUUUAUCUGAAAAGAAUUGUUAUUGAUGCUGUGGUGCCGUACUGUGACUUUUGCCGGAAACAUAUGUAUGAGAUUGUAACUAGACCAGACAACAAACAACAAUACGUUCACGACUUUCAAAGAACUUACAACGAAUUCGAUAAUGAUUUUAGAAGUGAUGACGAGUUCAAAAUGGAGAUGCAUAUGCGAAUUACCGAGAUGAAAGAGGCUUUAUUUGAUAUAUGUGAUAAUAUCAUGCUUGACUCUGAAAAAGAACGACAGAGGAUGAUUUCAGAAAACUGGACGUCAAGACAACUUAUUGAAAUGUAUAACAUUGUAACUAAUUUCAUUCAGUUAGAGCUCGAUCGUUGUGUGGACACCAUGCAGGUCGUCAACGAUUAUUAUACAUGUCUUGUAACAAAGAUGCCAUCGGAUUUACUAUUACCAAAAAUCAUAAUAGUUAAAUUAACAGAAACAAACCAUGAGGAAAUUGUUGCCAGAUUGGAUGAAGAAAUUAUGGAAGGUAUGAGGCGAUUUGAUGCUGAAUUCGAUGACUCUAGGAUAGAGACCAUGUUAAAUGUUCUAUUGGACAACAGUGUUAAUUUUGUCACCACCACACUGAAUCUAGCUAAAGGUGUGAUGGAGAAGGUAAAAGAAAUUUUUAAACCUAAGAAGGGAGGUAAGGAAAAAACUCCAAGGAAGCAGCCAACAAAAAAAGGCGCACCAGAUACCACGAACAUUUUAAAACUGUUUGAACCAGAACAAAUAGCAAUAGACAACCAUGCAAAAAUUAGCGAUGAAUGGGAAACAGCUCUUGAUGGAGAAUUCACCAGAGUAAAGAUCAGAUUAGAUGUCUUAAAAGUGGAGGCGUUAUCCCAAAUUCAAAAUAUUUUCUUAACGGUGCAGCAAGUAUUUCACACGAUAUAUUCCGAAAUUAAGGAAAGAUACCAGAAGGAAAUCGAAGCCGUGGAAACAAUCUGUCAAAUUCUGCAAAGAGCGAUAGAAAUGGAAAUUCCAUUACAGCAACAACUAAAUCUUUCAGGAGAUACUCUUUUAAUCAAGAACCUGAAAUUAUUCCCAGACCCAAUAAUAAUUCCUGAACCACCAAAAGAAGUCGAUGUAGAGUAUGUGUUCACGGCAGGUCAGUUAAACAAGCUGGUUGACAUAUUGUUUGAUUUGGCACCUUCUGGAUACAUCAUAGAGCAAUCGUUUAAGUAUUUGCUGCAGGAUAUCAUUAGUUAUUCACCCGAAGAUGGUACUUCUCUGGCGCCACCCAAAUGGUGUAAUCUUCAACCAAGGGAUAUAGAUUUUAUACUGGCGGAACAAUUUGAUCCAAUAUCUUAUAUAGAUUGGAAAAGUUUCAUUCUAAUUCAUUCCAUGAUCAGAUUUCCCAACAUAGAAGAAAUUAUGCUUCUCCGACAAGAGUUCCGUAGUCACGAUCCUGAUGCUUUAGAAUAUGUAACAGAUUAUCAAUACAAAUCUAUCAGGUUUUGGUAUGAAAAUUGUGAACAAACUAGCGCACUAAGAACUAUAGAGUUAAAGAAGAUAUUCUUCAGAAUGUAUAAAAUCAAGGGUGACUAUUUUAAUUACACGGCCUUCCUUUUGGAUCUUUGCAGGGACAGUUCUGCAGUGAUGGGUUUCGCCAAAGCAUUAUCGGUUAGUCUGGGCAAAAUCAUUUGUUGGAGUAAACCUAUUGGUGAGAAGUUUGUGGAGAUCGUCAGGGAAGACAGAAGAGCUCAUGAAGAAAUGAAAAAUUUGAAAGAAAUGGAAAUGGAAACGGAAAAUAUGGAUGAACAAAUGCCAGAGUGUGAGAGUCUGAUCAUCGAAGACUAUCAUUCAACUGACACACUUAGUGGUGUGGAUAUAGAUUUUGUUCCAAACAGUACUUUACCACUAGCUGAUCAUAUUGAGGAUUAUAUUAAUCAAACGUACGGAACUGGAAUGUUUGAAGAAGAUUCAUCGCACUUUUCGAAUGUAGAAAUUGGAUUUCAGGAUAAGGGUGUUCCUAAUUUAGCUUACUUUUUACCAUUUGAACUUUUGCUUACAACUCUUGCAAUGACUGUUACUUGGCAUUUGUCUGUGGUGGAUGUCAAUGAUAAGAGUUUAAAGGAACGCAUAGAGGAGAUUUAUGAAAGAUGCAAAACUGAAGAGUUUAAUGAUAAAGUGUUAUGUCAUCAGUUUUUGUUGGAUCCAGAAUUUCUUGAAAUAAUUUCAGGCAUGAAGAAAUUUUUGUGUCAUAAUCCUAUUUGUAUUAUCCAAAGUUUGAUAUAAAUGCGGCAAAUAAAAUUACAUUUAUUUGUAAAAAUCGUUUAAUUUAUAUCACAUUGUUUUAAUUUUACAUUUUUUAUAGGUUUGGUACUUAAUAAUAAAUAAGCGAAUAUGGGGAAUAUAAGUAUUUAAAGUUUGAACAAACGAACAAACCGAAACGAUGAACAAUGAGUCGAAUGCAAUAAAUUAUUUUAUCUAACUAAAAAUAUCAUCAAAACUCCCUCAACACACCAUAAUUUGUCUUAAUUUCAAUAAAUUAACAUAUUUCAUGAUAAUAUUUACUAAUUUCAUUACUGUGUUCUUCACAGCCAAAAUAAUAAAUUGAUUUAGGCCUACGUAUCUAUUAUACUUGGUAUUUAUUAGA